GAAGAGACGCUCUGCAGUGUGUUUUCUGCUCCUCAACAUCAUUGCGAAACCUCUCCACUUCUAUCGGUCUUUAAAUGUAAAUUUUCUCUUAUUUUGUAUUUUUAUCGUGAAGGAUGUGGCGCUGAUGUAACACAGAUGUGUUUGCAGUUUGGAUGACCGCGUUUUUCUGCGCUUUUGUGAUGUGUAGGCGAUGAUCAGAUGAUGGCGCCUUCUAAGAUGAAGUUGCGUUCGAGGACGAGAGACAGUGCUGGGAAAUCUUCUCAACGUUUAUUAGCCAACGCUUCGCCUGAUUCCAAAUGCCCCAUCUGCCUCGACCGCUUCAAAAACGUGGCGUCGCUGGACCGCUGCCUGCAUCAGUUCUGUUUCCGCUGCAUCCACGAGUGGUCCAAGAACAAAGCCGAGUGUCCGCUCUGUAAGCAGCGCUUCCACUCUAUAUUCCACUCCGUCAAAGGGGAAAACGACUUUAAGGAGUUCGUGGUGCGGCCUCCGGAGAACGGUGCGCCUGCGAACACCGAUCCACCUGAGCGUGUGCUCCGCCCUCGAGUCCUCAGACGCAGAGAGAGGCGGAGCCACAGAGCGCAAACCCCCGGCCCUACUACGUCGCCUCCACUGGAAGAUGACAUCAUGUUCGACGGCCUGAUGGAUGCAGCGGCGCUCGCACAGAACCAAGACAUGCUGCGAUUAACAGUGCGCAGACAUGGGCGGGGCGAGGGGCGGAGCCUGCGGCGCUUGUGCGACCAAGACGUUGUCGCAUUCCGCCGCGCACUUUACAGGACUGGCAUACGCGUGCGUAACUCAGGAGACGCUGGCAUGCGAAGGGACAUUUCCGCAUCUUUUUUGCGACAAAACCCUGGCUGUCUUCGACGACUGCUUCCUUGGCUACAGCGGGAACUCACCGUUUUGUACGGUUCGCACGGCUCACUGGUGAACAUCGUGCAGAACAUCAUCAUCUCGCGCAUCAUGAACUACAACAUGGAGGACAUGGCCAUCCGAGACGAGCUCCGCCCCUUCCUGCUGGCACGCACCGACCACUUCCUGCAUGAGCUGGUGAGCUUCGCCCGCUCCACCCUUAAUAUGGAGGAGUACGACCAGCAGGCCGUUUACGACUGUCCCGCGCCCAGCUACGAGGAGGGCAGCAGCUCGGACCUUACUGUUAUCGCCAUCUCCGAGGAUGAUGAUGAUAAUGAUAGUGAGGACAAUGUCACGGAGAAUCCCUCUGCUGUCCAGGAACGCCUUGCAUCCGUUGCCACAGCAAGUGGAGCGGAUAGUUUGCCAAGUCAGUCCGCGUGGGAUGAUGAGACGCCUGGUCCGUCCUAUUCAACCCUCCUCCCCUCUUCCAGCCUAUCACAGGGUGAGGGGGCGGAGCCAAGCUCAAGCACAGCCCCUCCCCUCAGUGCCCUCAACACGACUGACCCUGUGGCAAGUGUCGGCGUGUCAGCCAGACCGGAUGAAGAUGAUAUAGAGGAAGAGUGCCUAAUUGUGGGAUACGUGAAACCGAUGGCUGAACGGACCCCUGAACUUGUUCAGCUCUCCUCAGAUUCAUCUGAAGAAGAGCAAGAGCCAGCCGCCACCGAGACAGCGGCCUCAGUAAUGAAAUCAGAGGAAUUCCAAGUGCAGCUCCCGUCACAGUCCCACAUGAACCCAAUUAGUCCUAAUUCCUUCCCAAGCCCUGCUCCCUUGUGCAGUCCACAGCAUUUACUUCCGGAUGGAGUCAGGUCACCGAGUAAAGAACAAGAGGCCGACUACUUGUCCUUCCAUGGUCACCAGUCCAAAGAUGGUUCACAGUCACAUUCACAUGAUGACUCCAGCUUCAGAGGUAACCAGAGGCACAGAAGUCAUCGGCGCUCUGGCAGCAAAGAGAAGGACAAGAGUUCAGAUCAAUCACGGCCAGUCAAGACCCCAGAUUGCUCGCCAAGCCAAACACGGAGCUGGACACAAAGCCCAACGGUGUCCAUUUGGAGUGGCAGCCCCGCAUCUAAGUCACACAGUAGUGACUGCUCUCCUUCCCAAAACAACAGCGACAGAAGUGGAGAGCAUUCGCGCCAUUCAAGAGAGAAAUUCUCGCACUCUCCUUCCUACUCAAAAAGGAGAAAAAACAAGGAAAGGAGGAUUAGGUCUCCUGACUCACCUGAUUCGUUCCUUGGCUCUCACCAUCCCUGUGAGGCAAAGCAUUGUCGUAAACGCCGUAGGCGGUCGGUCAGCAGCAGUAGCGCUGAUUUGCACUCUGAAAGAUCCUGCAUGGACAAACCCAGUGGUAAACGCAAGUACAAAACCCGGCACUUGGAGCGAGCAGCCCAGCGGCGGCACAAGGAGAGAACCACAACCAAGGAAAAAAAGCGGAACCGAGAACGGCGACCCAGCAGGGAACGAUCUCCAAGUGUGGAGAUCAUCUACGAACAAAGGGCGCCUGACACAGACUGGAUCCAGCGGAGGAAGAAGAAGCACCGGAAGCGAAGGAGGGAACUGCGUUCUCCCACUGUGAUCACGAUAGAUAGUGACAGCGACCGUACCAUCGACUGUCUGGACCGCGUCUUGGAUGUUUUAGACCAAACCGCUGCUGAUACUGAGCAAAGGGAUGCGAGUCCUGAACAAGAUUCCAUCCAGAAUGCAAGUUGUACCUUGGACUCAAAUCCUCUCUCUGAGCCAUCGAGUCCCGUAGGCCGCAGUGACCCAACCACUGAACGCACACUAAACCUAGACAACUGUGUGGUGAAUGUAGUCGACAACAGUAGUUCUGACUGCUCCCGAAAUAUAAGUGAAGGUAGCCACGAAGAGUUUAUGUCCGACCCUUUCACAGGGGCCUCGAUGAUAACAACCCCACCUUCGGACAUGAGGCUGCUGGAAACCAUACUGCAAGAUCUUGUGGAUUUCCUACCGGGGACAGAGUAGGAAAUGGGGCAGAGUCCUCCCGGCCAACGGGAACCCAGUUCUAGCCAAAAAAAAAACACGAAUCAGUGAUGAGAGGAGAUGGCAAAAAUUUAGAGAAUGAGAACACAGAUGGCGACCAACACUGCUAACUAAAACUAAAAUAGACUUUUUCUUACAGACAAAAGCUUGUCUGAUGCUUAUCUGAAUCGCUCGGUCUCUAGACAUUUUUAUAAACUCAUUUAAAGUUUGUAUUAUUGCUGGAAAUGGAUGCUUGGGAAACAUUAAGACAAUGUUUUUUUGUCAAUUUGAACAUCAUUAUUAUUAUUCAUGUUGUAUUUAUAGUCAUAGUGAUCCUUUUCCUUGAAUCUGGUGCUUAAUCACUGUGCCACAACUCAACGACGAUCAUGUCUGGAUGGCAACUCUUUUCCACUAUCCAUAACCCUAGAAGAAACAAAUGCAUGGGAGUUACUAUCUAGACUAGUGGUUCUCCGCUUGUUUGCUUCAAGACCGAGAUUGUUUGACAAGACGCAGGGCCUUUGACUAACCAAACGAAAUAUAUAGGAAAUGUUAUUUUGCUAUCUUAAACUCUCAGAAAAAAAUGUGCUAAACUUGUAUCUUUAGAUGUAAAACAGAUUGUCACUGGGGCAGUCCCAGUACCUUAAAGGUGACGUAUCAUGAAAAUUUUACUUUUCCAGGUUUUAAGUGCUAUGAACAGGUCCCCGGUGCAUCUACCAACCAAGGAAACGUGAAAACGAUUAACCCAGUAACUUUGUUUUGGUAAGCCUUUUUCUGCAAGGCUCUGAAAAAUCGAGCAAGUCUGAUUUCGCUCCCUUAGUUAUUACCACUAAAAGUACUAAUAUGUGACUUCUAGGGGUAAAUAAAGUACAUAGUUGCCCAAGCUAUUUUACCUCUAAAGGGAAAAUUUUGCAGGUUUUUCUGAUUGUGUACAAAAUUAUGCCGUUAUUUGCAUUUAGCAUUGUUUCUUCCUCUUCUGAUACCUGUGACCGAUUCUGAAUCAUGACCCACCGGAUGAGAACCACUGAUCAUUCAUUAUUCAGCCCCAUUGAGCUUGGAGAACUGUGUCUUUGUUAAACUCAGGGAACAGGUGACGCCUCCAUUCCUCCGUUGCACAGUAUGUGUGAAUGUGCUGGUGCGUGUGGGACUAUAGGGACACCCUGGAGAUAUAAUAAUUCACGGAUCAUGUCUACUGAACACACAUCAAGCCUUCUUUACAACAGCUGUCUGUCAUGUCAGCCAAAAAUCAAUAAAUGCAUUUAAUAGAUGUAUAAUAGUGUCUGAAAAUGUUUUUCUUUAUGAACCACAGCAUUAGGUCUUUGUGACCUUAUCAGGACCCUUAGUUCUAACCAGUUGGGAUGUGAUAAACCCUGUGUCUUCCAGACACCAAGAUUAUUCAACGUCUUUUGGAGAUUACUGGGCAGAUGAGGAGUCCACCAUAGUCAUGUCGUCCACAUAUUUCUAGUGGUCUGUUUGUUCCUGAAGGGCACUGUUAAACAGUGUUAGAAAGAUGAUGGGUCCCAGUACGUGUCCCUGAGGAACUCCACAUGAGGGAUGUUCCCAAUCAGACAGAUAUCCCUGAUAACGCUCUCUUUGGUGACAAUUAGACUUUGAAUUACAAAUCCAUGGAAUGAGGCUAGGUCUCACUCCAAGAUUCAGGAGGCACUGAACUGGUAAUAUGUGGUCUACUCUACAGGAUUGACAACCUUGUCGAAGUCUUUGUGAUUAAUGUGCACACUGGGCCGGGAGAUUUGUGACCGUUAAAGGAUUAGUUCACUUCAAGAAUAAAAACUCCUGAAGAUUUACUCACCCCCAUGUCAUCCAAGAUCCCAUUGUCUUUCUGUCUUCAGUCGCCAAGAAAUAAAGGUUUUUGAGGAAAACAUUGCAGGAUUUUUCUCCAUAUAAUGAACUACAGUGGCAACCAUUUUUUUGCAUGUUUGCUUUGUAAACACUGGGUCGGCGCUUUUGUCUACAUCAUACGUGACCUUUCCAACGUAAUGAUGUAAUGCGUGAAGUCCAGCUAGUGCAAGAUGAACAUUUGUGUUUAAAAAGCAUUUAAAUGUUUAUUAUUUUAAGAAAAUGAGUGAUAAUUUCUCCAGAUAAGACCUGUAUUCCUCAGUCCCCAUUGAACUCCAAUAGCAUGAAGUCUUGGAAUGGUUUCCUUAAAAACCUUAAUUUCUUUGUGACUGAAGACUGUGCAGAGUUUGUUAUCCAAACAGAUAUCCAGGAUUCUGCGAUGAUUAAAAUUUCAGAUUAUGUUUAGGCCAAUGUGUAAGUACUUAGUAGAUGAGCCUAAUAAAUGCUCAAUGAGUUCUUGC